AUGACCAACAUAUCCACGGAUCCAACAUUCUUAACCGACGAGACACUACACGAAGCCUACGAGCUCGAAAUCGAGGGCAAGAAUGGCGAGCCUGUUCGAUUCGGUGAGCUCGUUGCCGGGAAGGGGGAUUCAGUAACUACGAUAGUCAUUUUUGUCCGCCACUUCUUCUGCAUCUACGACCAAGACUACGUCCGCAGUCUAUCAAGCCAAAUCACCCAAACCCUCCUCGACACGAUCCCACAGCACGCCAAGCCAGCACAAGUCAUCAUCAUAGGAUGCGGCGAUCACACCCUUAUCGGCCCAUAUAUGGAAGAGACCUCCGACGCCUUCCCUAUAUACUCCGACCCUUCAGCCAAGAUCUAUGAGAAACUGGAGAUGAAACGGACUUGGGAUGGGUUUAGGAACCCCCCGCCGUACUCGUACGAGUCUUUCCCUAGUGCUUUCUUUAAAGAUCUUAAGCAGAGGUGGAAGCGCGGGUGGGGCGCACUGAAGGGUGGACCUGGGAAUCAGGACGGUGGGGAGUGGAUUUUCCAAAGGGGAAAGUUGAAGUAUGCCCAUCGCAUGCAGGCUGUCAAUGAUCAUCUUACGGCGGAUCAGUUGUUGAAGAUUUUAAUGGCGGAUCAGGGUGGGGGGUUGAGGGUGGGGGAUUCUCAAUGUCCCUCUGGUGAGGAUGUACAGGAAGGUCAGGUUGGGGUUGGAACUUCGGCGGGAGAAUGA